AUGGCUCAGGCCCACGGCUGCCAAGCUGGCGCCGGCUGUCAGCUGGGCGCUCGGGGGCUGUGGGUUGGGGGUCAGGCUAAGAGGGUCAGAGUCACCGAGGUGGACUGGCACAGCCGGAAAAAUGGUGCUGCCCACCACACCCAGGAGUACCCCGGCCCUGAGCUGGUGGUUCGCAGGGGCCAGGUGUUCACCUUGCGGCUGGAGCUGAGCAGAGCCCUGGAGGACCAGGAGACCAUCAUCUUCACCGUGGAGACAGGACCCCAGGCAUCUGAGGACUGCCACACCAAAGCUGUGUUCCAGAUAUCGGAGCCGGAUGUGGGCCAGAACUGGACAGCGGUGGAGGAGGCUCAGACGGAGAACACCAUGACCGUCAGCAUCACCAGCCCUCCCAACGCUGUCAUUGGCCGCUACCUGAUGAGGACCAGGGUCUCCUCUCGCCGAAAGCAAAAUGACCGGAAGCUGGGCGAAUUUGUUCUCCUUUUCAACCCGUGGUGCCCAGAGGACGACGUGUUUCUGGACUCAGAGGAGGAGAGACAGGAGUACGUGCUGAACGACAGUGGGAUCAUCUUCCGAGGCGUGGAGAAACACAUCCGAGCCCAGGGCUGGAACUACGGGCAGUUUGAGGAGGAGAUCCUGGACAUCUGCCUCUCCAUCCUGGACCGAAGUCCUCUUCACCAAAAUGACCCAGCCACCGACGUGUCCCACCGCCACGACCCCAUCUAUGUCACCAGGGCAAUCAGCGCCAUGGUGAACAGCAACAAUGACAGGGGCGUGGUUCAAGGCCAGUGGCAGGGCAAGUACGGCGGCGGCACCAGCCCCCUGCACUGGAGCGGCAGCGUGGCCAUUCUGCACAAGUGGUUCAAGGGCAGGUUCAAGCCUGUCAAAUACGGCCAGUGCUGGGUCUUCGCUGGAGUCAUGUGCACAGUCCUUAGAUGCCUGGGGAUCGCCACCCGAGUCGUGUCCAACUUUAACUCGGCCCAUGACACGGACAGGAACCUGAGCGUGGACAAAUACGUGGACUCCUUCGGGCGGACCUUGGAGGACCUGACAGAGGACAGCAUGUGGAAUUUCCACGUCUGGAAUGAGAGUUGGUUCGCCCGCCGGGACCUGGGCCCCUCUUACAAUGGUUGGCAGGUUCUGGACGCCACCCCCCAGGAGGAGAGUGAAGGCAUGUUCCGGUGCGGCCCAGCCUCCGUCACUGCCAUCCGAGAGGGCGACGUGCACCUGGCCCACGAUGGCCCCUUUGUGUUCGCGGAGGUCAAUGCAGAUUACAUCACCUGGCUCUGGCACGAGGAUGAGAGCCGGGAGCGGGUGUACUCGGACACCAAGAAGAUUGGGAGGUGCAUCAGCACCAAGGCCGUGGGCAGUGACUCCCGCGUGGACAUCACGGGCCUCUACAAGUAUCCAGAAGGGUCCCGGAAGGAGAGGCAGGUGUACCGUAAGGCCGUGAGGAAGCUGUUCGGCGUGGAAGCCCCCGGGAGGAGGACCCGGGUCCGCAGGGCAGGCAGCCGCGGGCUGUGGCGCGAGGACCUCAUGGAGCCUGCCACCAAGCCCAGCGUCACCGGCAAGUUCAAGAUGCUGGAGCCACCCAUGCUGGGCCACGACCUGAGACUGGCUCUGUGCUUAGCUAACCUCACCUCCCGGGCCCAGAGGGUCCGGGUCAACCUGAGCGGUGCCACCAUCCUAUACACCCGCAGGCCGGUGGCCGAGAUCCUGCACGAGUCCCACACGGUGCGACUGGGGCCCGAAGAAGAGAAAAAGAUCCCAAUCACAAUAUCUUACUUGCAAUAUAAGGAAGACCUGACAGAGGACAAGAAGAUCCUGUUGGCUGCCAUGUGCUUUGUCACCAAAGGAGAGAAGCUCCUGGUGGAGAAGGACAUUACUCUGGAGGACUUCAUCACCAUCAAGGUGCUGGGCCCCGCCGUGGUGGGGGUGGCGGUUGUUGUGAAAGUGACGCUGGUCAACCCCCUCCUGGAGAGAGUGGAGGACUGUGUGCUGAUGGUGGAGGGCAGUGGCCUUCUCCAGGGACAGCUCAGCAUCGACGUGCCCAGCCUGGAGCCCCAGGAGAAGGCUUCCGUCCAGUUCAGCAUCACCCCGUCCAAGAGCGGCCCGAGGCAGCUGCAGGUGGAUCUCAUCAGCCCCCACUUCCCAGACAUCAAAGGCUUUGUGGUCAUCCACGUGGCCACCGCCAAGUGACUGGCCACCACAAGGGGCUGACAGUGGAGGAGAUGGCCUCCUUUCCCUUCCUGUCCACCUCUUUGUCUCUCUUGAGUGGGAGCCAGGAGGCCCAGGUUCCAGUUCUGCUUCUCUUCCUGCCUCACUUUGUGAAUUUGGGCAAGUCCCUUCUUCUCCUGGGCUUCAGUUUCGCCAUCUGUGAAAUGAAGUGUUAGGCUCGGCAAGCCUUAAACUUUUGGACGACGAUGGAUGAUAUAGGGACACUCUUCCAUGUUCAUCGAUCACCCUCACCACUGGGAGGCUGACAGACCAAACAUCACAAUCACCGAGGCCCAUCCGGCUCAGCCAGCUCGUGCCCUGCUUGUUCACCAUCACCCUGGCCGACCCUUGGGCUCUCCUUGCUUCUCUCUCAGCUCCUCGGUGCUCUGACUGCAUCCAGACCCAAGAGUGUCCUCCCAACUCUGAAAAGGAUCCCAGAAGUGUUAGGGCUGGCACCAAAUCAUUCCUCAAUGCUCCCAUUUUACACAGAGGGAAGAGACUUGCCCAUAGCCACAGGGCGAGCUGGAGACAGCAUUGGGGUCUGUGCAUGCCAUUUACACCAUCUAAGUUUUACCCCAAAGUUGUGUUCUGAAAAUCAUCAGAUUUGAACCAAUGGGAGAUCUUCCCUCACUGAAGACCCAGGCCCAGCAUCCAAGAGUCCCCUGCUGCCUGGAAGAAGCUGAAAAUAGAAGAGCCUGAUUGAAUGGGAAAAUGAAGCCCCAGAUCUGAUCUCAUGGUGGUCAUUAGGGGUCUCUUUCCACCAGCCCAGGGUUUAUUCAUUUUUUGAGAAUGAGAGCAACAGUAACUUUGUAGAACCCACCCCCCAGCAGCUUAUACUACACACAAUCAUGUUCUCAGCAUCAGAACAGGACAGAGGCCUCUGGAACAAGGACUGGAGUGGAGAGCACCAGGACUUGAGGAUAACUGCACAUGUCGGUCAUGAGACUCAGCUCAGAAUGUUCUAGACAGCCAAAAGAAUUAUAAUGACCAGAGAAUUUUAAGUAAUCUGCACCACAACAAAAUGGUUCAUCCGCGGUAGGACACUUGCUGAAUGCAAAGUUAAGUGGGAAUAAUUGACAUAGAAAGUCUUUGCUAAAAGGAGGUCAGACAAAUACACGGACAUGUGUGGUGGGUGAUCCUUGUAACCGAGGCCCCCGUGAAGGCUUUUGUCUCAUGAUUCUACACAGCAUGACGGCUUGGAGAACCAGAGGUGUAAAGGACCUGCUUUCCAAACCUGGGUUUGGGAUGCUGAUCCCGUCCAUAUAAGAGGGGCAGCUGGAGGUCCAGAGCAGCAGCCACUUCCUCAGGGUUGAGCAUCAGGAAGGAGUACUGAAAGCUGACUACAACAGAGGGGAUCUCCCACUUUUUUUUUUAAAGAGUUUAUUCAUGAGAGACAAAGACGGAAGCAGAGGGAGAAGCAGACUCCCCACAGAGCAGGGAGUCCAAUGUGGGACUUGAUCCCAGGACCCUGGGCUCAUGACCUGAGCUGAAGGUUAAGCAGAUGCUUAGCCGACUAAGCCAGCCAAGCACCUGGGAUCUUAGUAAAAGGGAUGCUCCUUCCAGCAGGGAGACUAUCUUGGCCCCUUGCAGUGGCCCCAGACAUCUCAUCCUUCAAGCAAAUGCCAAUUGCCCACCUUCCUCAGACUUGGCUGUACCAGGUUGUGCCUCCCAGGAGGCUGACUCUGAGACAGAGCUUAGCAUGCAGGACACUUAGCGAGGAAUGACCUGGGGGUCAACACAGUGGAAGGGAAGCAGGAUAGGCAGAGGGAGAAAUGGAGCCAUGAUGCAGGUCCAGUGACAGCCUGGGCCCACCCCAAGGGCAGCUCUGGAGCUAGCAUGGCCCAUGAGAUUUGUUCCAGGUUGGGCCAGGGUGUCCGGGCCUUUCUAUGCCUGCAUCUAUCACAGAUUUGCCCCAGAAGACAAGUGACUUUGAGCAAGAUAGCUCUCUACAGCAGAGGUCAUCCCUGAAGUUGUCUGUGGUCAGCACUCCCAGCAGUUGGGGGAACAAACCCUCCACUGAAGGAAAAGCUAGACAAUGUGUCUCCACCUGCGUUCUGUUCAACCCAAGGACAGAGCAGUGACAUUACAAAUUCCCUGUGCUCGUGGUGAUUACCGUCCAGCUGAUGGAGACAGGCACUCAAUCACAACAUUUUAAAAGGUACAAAAAGUAAAAUGAGAAAUAAGAGUAAGCAAGUAAACAAAUCUGUGGAUAAGCUGAUUGCAGUUAGUGAUGUGUGCCAAAGAGAAAAUAAAACCCAAUGUCACCUCUCCCAGAGUUGCAGGGGAUAGGAUAGCACCACUUCCCAUGGUGGCAUCAGAGAAAGAGUCUCUGGGGAAGUGACAUCUGAGCUCAAAUUUUAAUAGUAACCAAAAAAAAAAAAAAAGAUGAAAAAUUAAAUGAGUGUGCUUACUACAUGCCAGAAACUGUUUCAGGUGCUUUAUAUAUAUUAAUUAUUUAAUCUCAUAACAACUCCAAGAAGUACAUACUAUUAUCGUCGUCUUCAACUUACCUUGUGGCACAGCCAUGGCUGGGCACCUUGACUCAGACAAGGCCUAUGCUCUCUCCUGAGAUUUGGAUGCAGGGAAUGUUCAGAAGGCAUCACAGAUGGUGUAGAUGGUGGAGUCCCAGGCAGUGCCCUAGCCAGGUCAUUUCUGCUGUGACAUGGUCGUCGCAUGUUCCAGUUACCUAUCACUGUGUAACAAACCAACCCAUAACUUAAAAUUUAAAAUAAUCACAAUACUUAUUUUGUGAAUGAAUCUGCAAUUUGGUCAGGGCUUGGUAGGCAUAGCUCAUCUCUGCUUGACUUAAUGGAGCUGGGACAGUGGAAAGGCUGGGUCAGGAUUGUCUGAAGGCUUAUCCACUCACAUACAUCUCUGGUGGUGGAUGCUGGCUGUUGGCCGAGCACCAAGCUGGGCUGUCAGCUGGAACACCUACCCACAGUCUCUCCACGUGGUCUGGGCUUCCUCACAACAUGGUGGCUGUGGUACAAGGGCAAGCAUCGAGAGAGAGAGAGAGAGAGAGAGAGAGAGAGAGUCUCAGAUAGACACCAUAUUGCCUUUAUGUUUUAGGAUUGGAAGUCAUCCAGUGCCACUUCUACCACAUUCUAGUCAUCAAAAUGGUUACAAAGUUCCUCCAAGUUUCUUUCUCUUUUUUUUUUUUAAGAUUGUAUUUAUUCAUGAGAGACACAGAGAGAGAGAGGCAAAGGGAGAAGCAGUCUCCAUGCAAAGGAGCCUGAUAUGGGACUCCAUCUCGGGACUUCGGGAUCACGCCCUGAGCCGAAGGCAGACACCCAACCACUGAGCCACCCAGGCAUCCGGUUCCUCUAAGUUUCAAAAGGAAACAGACCCAAUUCAUCAUAAAAAGUGGAAAGAUUCUGGAAGAGCUUGUAGGACUAGAAAUAUUGCCAUAGAUACAUGUGGAAAUAUACAAUCUGCCAUGCUGUUUCCUGCUGCCUGCUUCUUGACCCUCUGAAGACUCGUGGAAUCCCAUAUUUCCCUAUGUCUGGUCUAUCUCUUACUAUCCUCUCCAAUUUGCAUUUAAUUUCUACACCAUCCCCUCUGCUUAAGCCAACAAGAAUCAGUUUCUUCUGCUUGCAGCCAAGGAGUCUGACUCGUGGAAAUGAGCUUGGUUUGUCCCAGGAACAAAGUGAAGGCCAGUGUGUCCAAAGUGUCCUGUGGCUCACUACCUUCUCCUUGAUAUUGGUCAGCAGUCCUAACCUUCAGUCUCUAGAUGGUAACCAACAAGGGGGAUUCAGAGGCCAGCACCUUGGCCCUGACUCCUCCAAUAGCUUUCUGUUCAUGUUAUCUUUGCCAAUGCUGCAGCCCUAAAGGGGUGUCUCCUCAAAAGAUCCCUGGCCUCCUCUUCAUUGGUGAGGUUCAGUGGUUUCUAGGACUAUUUCUUAAAUUAUGCAGGCAAGGCAGAAAGGUGGCUGUGGUAAUUAGUGGUGGUGCUUGAAUCAGCCAAGGUUCUCCAGAGAAACAGAACCAAUAGGAGUAUAUAUUGGACUUGUCAGCCUCCAUAAUCACAUGAGCCAAUUCUUUAAUCAACUAUAUCUCUAUGGACUAUCAAUGAACAAUCCAAACCAAUUUAUAUUUACAUUUAUAAUCAGUCAAAAAAAUACAAAAUACUCAGAUGUCAAUCUAACAAAACAUACAGAUUUACAUACUGAAAACCAAAAAAAAAUGCUGAUGAGAGAAAUCAAAGAAGAUCUAAAUAAAUGGAGAGACAUCUCUUGGUCACGGAUUGGAAGACUCCCUAAAGAUAAGAAGUCAAUUAUCUCCCCCAAAUUGUUAUAUAGGCUUAAUGCAAUUCUUACCAAAAUCUCAGCAAGAAAAUUUGAUAAAUUGGACUUCAUCACAAUUCAAAACUUUUGCAUCCGUGAAAGAACCUGUUAAAACAAUGAAAGACAAGCUCCAUACUGGGGAAAAAAUGUUUGCAAACCAUGUAUCUGACAAAGAACUAGAAUCCAGAAUAUAUAAAGAACUCUCAAAAUCCAACAGUAAAAAAACAAUCUAAAAAAUGGGCAAAAGACAUAAGCUUUUCACCAAAGAGGGUAUACAGAUGGUAAAAAUAAAUAAAUAAAAUAAAAUAAAAUAAAAUAAAAUAAAAUAAAAUAAAAU